AUGCCAUCUUACGGUUCUCUUCACUCGCCCUCUCUCCGCAAAAUGAACGGCGGAACGGACAGCAAAAUCAGACGGAAUGGGGGAAUCCGCUCCAUCAGCAUCGACAACAUUUUGGGAGAUCCAUUUGCACUUGCCACCGUGUCUAUUGCCCUGCUUGCCUGGCUCAUUGCCUUGGUCGGUUCUGUCAUCGCGACGGCCGAAAAGUCCAGUCCACUCUUUCCCAACUACUCGUGGUUUGCCAUCGCAUACAUGUUCUGCUGCAUCGUCGGCGUCUUCUUGGUUGUCGCCUCGGAUAUGAUUCAGACAUAUCACAUUGCCAUUGUCGGCUUCCUAGCUUGCGGCUUGGUCCUCACUAGCUCCUCGGUCAACUCCCUCAUCUACUCCUCAAACGGGGCGAAGGAAGCCGUGGCCGCUGGCCAUAUUCUGCUAUCCAUGGUCAAUAUUGUAUGGAUAUUUUAUUUUGGAUCGACGCCUUCCGCCGUCCCCCGUGCUUACCUCGACUCUUUUGCUCUACACAAAGACCACCGAGCCUCACAGAGCGUGAGGGGAAUGGGAAAUGUCAAUGCCAGUGGAUAUACCAACGGUCGACCCGAUACAUCUAUAUCCUCUAGCGCCCUCCCGCAAAUGUACACGUCUGCGCAGCUGGGUGGACUAGAAACAUCGUCACCUAUGCCACCUUACUCGGGCAGCUUGUCCGUCGCUGAUCAGAAUUCCUCCCAAGCCCGCUUUGGGAGCAACCCUCCGCAAUCUAGUAGUAAUCUUAUCGCCAAUAACCAGCUCUCAAGUGAGCCCGUGCCGGCCGAGGUAGCCGCGCCCACCGAAUACCCAUACCGAGCUAAGGCCAUUUACUCCUACGAAGCCAACCCAGAGGACGCUAAUGAAAUUUCUUUCACCAAACACGAAAUCAUGGAAGUUUCAGAUGUAAGCGGGAGAUGGUGGCAAGCCCGGAAAAAUACCGGCGAUAUUGGCAUCGCUCCUUCGAAUUACUUGAUUCUGCUUUAA